GUAAUGCCCUCCCCUGCCUUUCGUGCCACGCACUAAACUAUGAGCUCUCCAUAUUUCCAAGACCAAUGGUUCCCUCACUACAGCUCGGGUUCGUAUGUUUAUGGCUCUCCGUAUUCCGCGACCGCGGGCUCUGCAAGCACCAGUCGGGCAGCGGAUUUCAUGUGUCCCUAUUGCUCUCAAAGCACUGCCUGCGCAUGCUACUCGCGGCGGGAUGAACAAGCAGAUAACUACGCAGGGCCGUCGUGGUCCCAAGGACAGCCAACCUAUAAAUUAGAUGUCGGCUAUACGCACAGUCCGAGCUACCAGACGAACUACAUGCGCGGUCAAAGUGUGGCCAGCUCUCGUUCCGACGUCGACACACCGUCCUCGAUCUACUCACCGGCCGUCUUCACUCCGGUCUCCGACUACGACUUCGAGUCUAGUCCGCCGACGAUAGUUGCACAGGAUGGCCAGAAUAUCUACGACGCCUUCAUGCAGGCUAUAGACCAAUAUAGGCCGUCCCACGGGGUGGACGCCCCGAAAGUGGCCCACAAUACUUCUUCCCUCGCACCUGCGGCUCAGACUGAAUUAAUCCCUCUGUCGAACUGCCCCACUGCAGCACCCGGCGGCUCAUAUACGAAUCCGCAAAUAGGCAAACAACCUGCGCCCAGUGUCGAUGAUUUAUUGUCUCAUCUAUAUUCGUCCCAAUCAGCAUCUAAUGCAUCGGCGCUCGCAUCCUCAUCUCUCGCCUCGUCGGAAUUCACAUUCUCCCUUCAUCCAUCGCAGCUCUCUCUGCCGGAGCAACAGGAUCAUGUUCCCAUCUUACACCAGCCACGCCCUGUUCGCCCAAUUGGCCUCCUGAGGAAGCCCGAUUUUUCUCUGACAGAUGUGGAUGAUGACGAGCGCAACCUGCCGUCAUCCAGCUCAUGUGGCGCACUCGGCGACCUGUCGCAAACCUCUGCGAGCGCCUCGCUCAGGGAGACGUGGACCGGGGCUUCUCAGGCGGAGUGCGCGCACGGAAGCGACGAUGAAUUCGACGAUAGCGAGGACGAUUCAUCGGAAUUCGACGCCGAGCCUGAGACAGAACGCUGCGCGUACGAAGAGCAGGAGCAUGCAUCUCGGGCUUCGCCCUUGCCAUUGUUGUGCCAACCCGUCCCAGAUGAAGUGCGAUAUCAAACUCAAUGUUCACCG